AUGCCGCCAUCGUGGGCAGUCAAACCUGAGCCAACAACCCUAUCGUCGCCAUUAAUUGACCUAGCCAAAUUAAUCGACGCAGAGCUUCUUAGCAGAUGGCAGAGCCCUGAAUCUGAGAGGAUAUUCUUGCUAGUAGGCGUCCUCAUCACCAAUCGCCGUAACAAACUCCAAGAGGAUAUUAUUGAGGCUCAUGAGUGCUUAAGCUCAUGGGAUAGGGCAGGUCUUGUUACAAUAGGGCAGCAUACUGAGGAGAUUGACGAGAGGGAUCUAAACAGCCCUACAGAGGGCACAGAGAACAAAAACAAGGCUUAG